UUGGCAACAAUUGUCAAGGUUGUGGAGACGGCAUUGGCUUUACAGGAAGCAGGGUGCUUCUCGGUUGUUCUAGAAUGUGUGCCUGCCCCUGUGGCUGCUGCAGCAACAGCAGCCCUUCAAAUUCCGACAAUCGAAAUUGGAGCUGGACCCUUUUGCAGUGGACAGGUGCUAGUUUAUCAUGAUCUGCUUGGUAUGCUACAACACCCCCACCAUGCAAAGGUUACUCCAAAAUUUUGUAAGCAAUAUGCCCGUGUUGGAGAUAUCAUCACUAAAGCAUUAGUGGAGUAUAAGGAAGAUGUGAUAAAUGGUUCAUUUCCUGAUGCUCAGCAUAGCCCAUAUAAGAUCAGUGAAACAGAUGCUAAUGGUUUCUUGAAUGAGUUGCAAAGGUUAGGUUUUGACAAGGCAGCAUCUGCGGCGUCUGAUGCAGUUCAGAAAAUGGUUACAAACAAGUCAAUUGGUGAAAGAAACUCGACAAAGUGAUUAUUUAGUAAAGCUACAUGAUAGCCCUUCUU